GGCGAUCCUUUCCGGCCUUCCCUCGGCCAGUCUCGCUCAGAGCAUUGACCUGCCGCUGCCCCGGCUCGCCCACGACUUCCGGCUGUCGGCCAGGUUGGAGCGCAAGGUCUCGCUGGGCCAGAGCUGCUGGGGUGAGCGGAACUGGGUUGGCGUCUGUGGAGGGGACUGGAGCGCCACCUGGGGACGGGGCAAGAUUGUGCCAGGCGGCCAAGACGCCCAACUCCUAACAGGAGACAAGUCCACAUUCGUAGACACGCGGUACCUCCUCGUGACAGACGAUGCGGAGCCAGCACACAUCAUGGUGCGCACCGAAGGGUGGAGGACGGGCCCGGCGGACGUGCUGAGCAGACUGCUGGACCCUGUGGAGGGCGACAAGGUGGAUCCGUCCGAGUACCGCUUUCGGCUGUUUGUCAGGCUGGAGACAGGGGAUGAAAGGUAUCGUUGGGUGAAUUCGGGCAUGUGGAUUGGGAGUGGCAUCAGGAGGGGUGCGGCAGUGAUUUAUGAUGGCUAUCGGCUGCUUUGAUGGUCGUGUUGAAUAAAGGUGGUAGGCUGUUUGUUCAGGCAAUGAGGCGAUGGACAAAGUAGUGGAAGUGAUUGAUCAAGAACGAGAAUUGAGUUAAUCACUUGUCUCC